UCGACACCCGAGACACCCAAGAGCGUAGCAAUGGCACGGAUGCAACUAUUGUUCGUAACUCUUUUGCCGUUGGUGGCACUAGCUGCAGCCAAACCGUCAUACCGCAUCGUCGGUGGCCAGGAGGCUCAACCGCACGAGUUUCCCUAUCAAAUUUCACUGCAGUGGAACUUUAACCAGGAGGGAGAUGAUCCGUUCCACUUUUGCGGUGGAUCGUUGAUCGCCGAACGUUUCGUGCUCACUGCUGGACACUGCGUUCCCAGUGAAAUAUCGCCAGACGGUUUCCCGGAAGCUGUUGCCGGAGAGCAUGACUUCAGUCAGUACGAUGCAUCGGUACAGCGUCGCCGAAUUGUCGAGAUGUUCGUGCACGAGGAUUACGCCGGAGGUGUUGGUCCGAACGAUAUUGCCGUGUUUCGUGUAGAAACUGCGUUCCACCUGAAUCGCAACGUACAGCUCGUGAAUUUGCCCCGGUCGGGCGCGAUUCCGACUGGUAUGUGUACCAUCAGCGGUUGGGGAUCAACUUCCUUCACACCGUUUCCCAGCUAUCCGGAUAUCCUCAUGAAAACGGCUAUUCCUGUUAUGGACUUGGACCUGUGCCGCAGCAUAUACGUUACGAAUCUGAUUGAGGACAGCAACAUCUGCGCUGGCACGAUGGAAGGUAGUUCUAGUGUCUGUUCGGGAGAUUCUGGUGGCCCGCUGGUACAACGCGAUGAUGAUAGUUCAAUUACUCAGGUUGGCAUCGUAUCGUGGGGUGGUAUUCCUUGCGGUGGAUACAGAAACCCGGGUGUUUUUGUUCGUGUUUCAUACUUUAUUGAUUGGAUUAAUGACAAAAUCAUUGCCUAAAAUACAAAUUUUCAUCGAUUGCCGAACAUAUUAUGACAAUAAAUUCUAACAACGGAGUUUCAACCUAACUGCUG